UGUGGAUUUAUUCAGCUGAGAAAAAAUUUAUCUUAUGCUAUUGAGUGUAAAAAUGAUCUAUCUCUGUUUUAUGGAUGUAUUAAAAACCAUCAAAAUAUUAUAAGAGUUGGGAAUAAUAUUUGCAAUACUUAUUCACCAGUGUUUUCUUUAUUUUUGGCAUUUUUUAUAGUUGAAAAUACUUCAAUUAUGGUCAUGGUCAUUUGUAUUCCAAAAAUGCCUUUAAUGAUGAAAUUAUCUCCUAUGUGUCAUUUGUGUAUGUGUUUGACAACAUUAUACAUAUCAUGUAAUGUAGGAUCCAGCUUAGAAGAAGAGUCAACUAAAAUUGGGAAAGAACCUUUUGGAAUUUGUAUUCUUAACACAUCAAUUUUAACUAUAAAACAAAAUUUGCUGCUUUUAAUAUUAGGGUCGUAUACACCACUCAGAUGUAAAUGCAUAUUUCAACCUACAGUAUGGAUGAACAAUGCAACGUAUGCAAGCUUUUUCAGAUUUUCAUUCUCGGUACUACUAGCGACUAAAAAAAUCGUAAAUAAAGGAAUUGUAGACUAAUAUUUGAUUUUUAAAACUAAUAUAGUCUUUAUAUAUGUAAUAUUGAUUAAUUUUUUAUUUCAAUAAUAGAUUUUAUAAUAAAUAUGAAAUAUUACAAA